UUUAAAUACCCCAUUCUCCCCCCUUCUAGCCCAAACAAAUUACUAAUUUCCUCUUUCUCUUUUCUCUCUCUCUCUCUCUCUCUCUCUCUCUCUCUCUCAAACCACAAAGAAGAAAGAAAGAGGGACGCAAAGGCAGAAGAAAUGGAACAGAACGUACCUGUCAUGACCAAAAGAGUAUGGAGCAUUGUAAAAGCAGUUCUCUUCAUGAUGAGGAAAGGUCUUUUAUCUAAGAGGAAGCUCAUGGUUGAUCUUAACGUGAUGCUCAAACGCGGCAAAAUCGCCGGUGCCAAAGCCAUUGGCAACCUCAUGUUCCACCACCACAGCAACCGCCAGGUUUCAUCAUCCUCCACGGCGGAGGCGACUGCAACGGCAGUCCAGGAGUACGAGUUCAGCUGCAGCAACACCCCCAACUACAUCUUCCCUUUCAACCUCGCCGCCAAGAAGAAAAACAGCUAUUACCACCAUUUCUUCGCUUGCACCCACGCGCCUCCUACUCUCGACGACGACAACGUGGCCACCAUGAACGCCCUUAAGGUUGCCUUGGAGAUGAUCAACAAGAACGACGGCAACAACAGCGUGGUUGCUGCUUCCCCUAUGUUACCAGGGUUCGGACAAACUCCAUUGGCGAGGCAACUCAGAAUAACGGACUCACCGUUUCCUUUGAGGGAUAUGGACGAAGACGCUGACUACGUCGACAAGGCUGCUGAGGAUUUCAUUAACAGGUUUUACAAGGAUUUAAAGCAACAAACUAAGUAAGAGAUUGGCUGAGUUAUAAGGGAACUCCUUCCUUUGCUGUGUUGUUUAAGAUCAUUUUCCCGAUUGGGUGUUUUAUGUGGUUAAUUUUUGGGAUUUUAAUUCUAUCGUAGAUAAUAUAUCAAACAAAUAAAAGAAAAUUAUGGGGAAACCACUAUUACCGACACAUAUGUCGUUGCUAAUGCAUGUUAAUCGAUUGGUUGAGUAUAUUAUGUAUCGAUGGAUUCUAUCGGCUCAGUAAAUUGAAUUUCAUGGCAUGAAAUGAGAUAAUAGCAACGAAUUUUCCUGUCGGUAAAAGCAAA